AUGGAACUUUUGUUGGUAGCGCUGGAUGAUGGGAGUAUAUACCGGCUAAUAACUGGUGAGGAAAUUUCAAGCGAAUUGCUUCGGUCACCUGAUGGUACAGCAAUCGUGCACAUGGAUGUGGACGAUUUACAGGAUGCGGUUUAUGCUGUGUUAUACAAGACCGGCAUUCUCAGGCAUAUUUAUUGUAUUUUGAACGGUGGUGAAGUUUUCUCAAUUCCGCUCUUUUCUCUCAAUGCGUCUCACAAUCUUUCAUUUUCGACAGCUGAAAAAAUCCCAAGCUUAGCGACAUCAGUUGAAGCUGAUCCUGUGAAUUCGAGAUUAAUUUUGUUGACGCCAAACGGGUCUGUUUUGGCAAUGAAUAUCGUUAAUCAAACAGUCAGCGAUCUUCGGCUGAAUACUGACAAGAUACAUUUGAAUCGUUAUUUGUACGCUGGUCGAGUUGUUGAUUUCGUCUUUUCGCGCAAUCGCCCGAAGCCACUGACAAUUCUUCCACCCAGCAAAAUAAGCCUUAUGACCGCAGUCAGUUCUGCACGCGUUACAUGGGAACCUCCACCACUACUGCCUUUCCAAGGUAACAUGUUGCAAAUGGCCUUAUCUAACGAAAGAAAAACAGGGAAGAUGGUAUUUUGUGCAUUUUAA